AUUACUUGCUUCUCUCGAGCUUUUUUAAGAGGGGAAAAAAAAAAAGAGAGAGAGCAGACGAUGCUGUCAAGGCUUAGCGGCGCGGCCUGGAUGGAGGACUCUGGCGGAGGCGGCGGAGACGACGACGGCGCCGCCCCUUGGUCCACCGCCGACGCCUCCCCCGCUUCCGGCGCCGGUGAGAACAAAGACGUGCUCGGCCUGCCCUCUUUCAAGUCCCUCCUGGAGGACGACUGGUACCUCAGCGGCGCUGGUGACCCCGGCUCCUCCGCCCACAACCCCUUCGGCGCCCUCCAAGUGCCGCAGGAGAUGAAGGACCUGACCUUUCCGUCCGACCCUUCCCCGCAUGGCGCGUCCCUCCUCCCGCCGGUGGACUCCUCCUCCGUCCCCUUCCUCCCUUCCAAGUCUGCCAUUGCUCCUCUCCUUGGGGCGGUAUGCUCCAACCCGUUCGACGCGGGGUUCGAUCUCGGCGGCGACGCUGCCGGGUUUCUGCCGGCGGCCCAGCUGUCGAAUUCCUCUGUUCUGAUGGGCAGGGGGGGCGGCGGAGGGGUUUUGGGGCUCCCUGGGGUGGGGGAGAACGGGCAGAUGGGUGGUCUCGGUUUCGGCUCCGCUCCCCAGUUCUCGAGCACCUGGUUGCCGCUGCUCACAGGAAAUGGCCCCGGUUCCAGCUCCGGCGCCGGUUUCCAUCCAAUGGGUUUUGAUUCUUUUGAGAAUUCGACGUUCUUAAACCGGUCAAAAGUGUUGAGACCUCUGGAGAUCUUCCCACAUGUGGGAGCCCAGCCGACUCUGUUCCAGAAGCGAGCCGCUGCAGCUUUACGGCAGAAUCCUAUGGUGGUGGGAGAGAAAGGCGCCGGCUUGGCGCUCUUGGGCCCAGGUGGAGGCCAGGGGAGCAAUGGGAGGAGUGUAAUGGAGGGUGAGCAGGAGAAGACGGGGAGGGGGAAUGAAGAGGAUGAGAUAGACGAGCCGAGCAUUGAUGGCUCCGGCUUGAAUUAUGACUCAGAAGAGGCUGCGACUGAGAAUGCCAAAGGCGAAGGAGAUGUCAAGUAUGGUGAUGGAGGGAAUACUUCGAAUACCAAUAGUACAGUGUCUGGUGGUGGUGAUCAGAAAGGGAAGAAGAAGAAGGGACCCCCUGCAAAGAAUCUGAUGGCUGAGAGGAGGAGGAGGAAGAAGCUCAAUGACCGGCUUUACAUGCUCCGAUCCGUUGUUCCAAGGAUCAGCAAAAUGGAUAGAGCUUCUAUUCUUGGAGAUGCAAUCGAGUACUUGAAGGAGCUUCUGCAAAGGAUCAAUGACCUUCACAACGAACUUGAGUCAACACCUUCGAGUUCUUCAAUAUCUGCUGCAACUACAACAAGCUUUCACCCAUUGACACCCACACCACCAACACUGCCAUCUCGUGUCAAGGAAGAACUGUGCCCAAAUUCAUUAGCAAGCCCCACAAGUCAACCACCCAGGGUUGAAGUCAGGGCAAGAGAAGGCCGAGCAGUGAACAUUCACAUGUUUUGUGGCCGAAAACCUGGCUUGUUGCUUUCCACCAUGAGGGCACUUGACAGUCUUGGUCUUGACAUCCAACAAGCAGUCAUCAGCUGUUUCAAUGGGUUUGCACUGGAUGUUUUUCGAGCUGAGCAAUGCAAGGAUGGGCCUGGAGUUCUUCCUGAAGAAAUCAAAGCGGUGCUCUUGCACUCCGCCGGCUACCAAAGCGGAAUGUAGGUGAACAGAAUCAUGGAAGGAUUUGCAGAGGAACCAACAGUAAAGCUCACUGAAGAUUUUGUAGAUCCAUCAGACUCCCAUUUCAUAGAUAACUCUCGAUGCCAUCAAGCCAUCAUAGGUGGUGAUAGUUCCUAGUGUAGCAACAUUCCCUUGACCUGGCAUGGCAAGGAGAAACAUUGCCAGUCUCUUUCUUCAGCACUAAAAUAAAUGUUUGUGUCGAAUCAUGCUCUUAGCUAAUGGUCCAAUGUCUAGAUUACACCUGGUCAUGUUAACGAGUACCUCAGCAAAUUUUAGUUUUGAGACUUUAAAAUAGUUUGGUUUCAACUUCUUGUAACUUAGCUUUCUUCUCAUGUUACUUCUCACCAUUAUUCUUCAUUCUCUGGAAA